GCACUGCCUAUCGUUGCUCAGGAGGACCCCCCUGCGGUGAGCACUGAGGACUUGGUGGCCCUGCUGUCGCAGGCAAUACAGCAAAGCGAGCAGCAGCCAGCAACGAAGCGUGAGGCCGAAGACGAUGAAGAUCCAGCUAUAGAAACUCGCCAGCACAAGCGCCAGCGCACUGGCUGCGCCGCCGCUGCCAAAGCCUCUGAUGGGCGGAUAGACAGCAGCACGGCAUUCCUGCUGCCACCACUGAUGUCAGACAUGGGUAUUGACAUGCUGACGCGCGUGCUGGUCCCCGAUCUGCUCCAGCUGCCGCAGCUCGAAGUCCACAGUGACCCACAGAACCACGUUCAUGGCACGUCGCUCGAAGUAAUUGCCAGCUCGUGGGACGGGAUCUGGGAAACGGGUCAGAUUCACUUGGACAACACACUGGCGAUUCGUGAAGUGCUGAGUUCCACGAACGACCAGUUGCUAGUGUGGACGGCGCCAAGCGGCUCGGGAAAGUCUGUGUUUUUGUCACUGCUGCGCAACUUUUCCGCAGCUGUUGCACCCAUGGACCGCAAGGAGCGCCAGGGCAGAUUCAAGCCAUACGCGAUUUGCGAGAAGGCGCCGCGAUACUUCAAGAAGCAUUUUGCACAGCACCCAGUUCUGUUGCUUGACGUCUCACGCGGCAAACCGCGUUCAGUGCAAGGCGCCAUGUCAAUCGUGGCUAGUGCAAUUGUGGAUGCUGCGAAGCAGUAUAUGAAGGUGUUCAGCAGCGAGCUUACCUGCGAGCAGCGAUACCAGAUAUACAGCGGGAUCACAGAGGAGUUUAUGACGGCGGCCCACGCUGAUCUGGAGCAGCUGCGUACAGAGUUCAAUAUAUUGGAGAGCGGGGAGGUGAGCGACACCAGCCUAUUUGUGACGUUCAUUGACCGGCUGGUCCAUUUGCUAGCAAGGUGCUUUGGUGGUAAAAAGAUUGUGGUGCUCAUUGACGGGUUCGACGUACCGUUUGCACAUGUAUUUUCGUCCUGCAUGUCGCUAGACGAGCAGAACGCAAUACUGUCGGUGUACGAGAGGCUGUAUCAGCGGCUGAUGGCCCAGGACGAGGUCAUCGGCACCAGAAUCAUAGCUGGAAUCCACGACGUGUCCAAGCGAUUUCGCGUCGCUGAUCGGAGGCAGGCGAACGACAUGUUUGUCAAUGCCACGGGCCUGUCGAUUGACAGCGCCGAGCACAUUAUUUCCAGAUUCGUCGACGAGGAUUGGAGCAAAGGAAAUCUGAGCGGUGCCUGCCCGACUGACAAGGUUAAAAGUGAUUUGAUGUGGGUCUGUCACCACCGAUUCGGUAACCAAGCUGGUGAUGUAAAGGAUGAGCGUAUCUCAAACAUAUACUGCUUCCUGAGGCUGCUGCAGGGCGUACGGAAAGAGCCUGCUAUUAUGCCUGCUAACCUGGUCCGCCUCGACUAUUUUAUGUGGCCCGAGCACACUGACGAGCUGAGCUUCAUAGUUUCGCGAAACAUCACCGAUAAGCGUCUGUUCGAUCGGUUUGCGAAGCUGGUGCUUGGGGCGUACCUCAGUCGCGACUUCCACAUCAAGCAGGCACUGGCAUCGGGCACAUACAAGACGAUCCAGGAGGCGAUUACACACCAGAAUAGCUGUACUAGAAACACGCCUGUAGCCACAUGGUCCACAGAGUUCCGGGACAUGGCUGCCAAGCUCGUGGCAGCAUCGGUUGAUCUGCCGCGGCACAGAUAUCAAGUCUCGACGCUCGAGAUGCUGGGGAUUCUGCUCUCGGUCGGAUCGCUGGUUCCUCAAGCUCGGCACGCGGUGCGGAUCUGCACGCCCGACGCAUUUCUGCGGAUGCUGGUGCUGUUGAACUGUGGCCAAUACGGGUUUGCGACAGCUAGCUCGUACAUGGAAUGGUAUGUAGAGUAUGUCGGAAUUACGAGCAGCAGCGCGUUCACAUUUGGCGCAGCGAUAGCUGACAGCGCUUACUAUCUAACCCCCUACGGCAAGAACCCGAUGCCAAAGUUUCCAAUCUCGCUUGUGCAGUGUCUGACCCAUCCGCUGUAUCUAGCUGGUAUCAAGAUACUUGUCACAAGCGAGCCAUCUGGGAAUAACCGAGGCACAUUUUGCUUUACGCUGAAGGGUGCAGCACGUUCCAGCACGUUUGUCGUAAUGCAGGCGGCACACCCAUCUCAGAAAAAACACAUGGCCCGCUAUGUGGAGGACCAGCUGAAGACUGCUAAGUCACCUGCGCAGAAGCAAAAGAACCUGAUGCACAUAUCUAACGAGUACCUCCAGGCGUCUGUCCACGCAAUGCCGCGGUACCCUGAUCAGGCACCAAUUCCUGGGGAUAUGCUGCUCUGUAUUGGGCUGGCAUUCUACGAAAAGCUACUUGGCAUCAGCCUGCGUGAAUACGAAUGGAAAGUAGGACCGUCCACCCCUAGCCCCGAUGGAGGCCAAUGGACACACCGCGCCAUCAGCUAUGACAUGUGCAGGUGUCUUGACAGCAUUUCCACGAGAGCGCAAUGGAAGGUUGCGCACGGAAAUGUUUGCAUUGGCUGCCAUGUAGAAUAAGACUCCAGCCCCAACUCUUCCAAAUACCAUGACAGACACCCUACGGGAGGCCAUAGUG